AUGAUGGACCUCAACAAGGUAUGCUGCAUGUGUGGCGACAUCGGCUUCCCCGAUAAACUUUUCCAAUGUGCCCGGUGCUUCUCCCGGUUCCAGCAUUCGUGAGUUCCUUCAACCACGCCUUCUCUCUCUCUCUCUCUCUCCCGUGAUCGAAGGGAUAAGCCUCGACUUCAUUCCCGUAAUCGUCCUCUGGCUUCGUUGACCGUCCUGGUUCCUCAGGUACUGCGCCAACUACUACGAAGACGGCUCGCCGGUGGCCGCCGGGCUUUGUGACUGGUGCCGAAGCGACGAGAGCAAAGCCAGAAGGCGGCAGGUGAGAGCCCACCAGGCGGAGUCGCCCGGCGGCGCGUUGGGCAAGCACACCGGAGGCGGUGACCGGCAGGGCGCCGGCUGCGGCGGUGGGAACAGCACCAGCGGCGGAGAAGCUCCAGCCCGGCCGUCGGCCCGGCGGUACAAACUACUAAAGGACGUAUUGCGUUGA